AUGGGGGACGAUUCUUCAUGUCCUGUAAAAGGAAUCGACACUGUUCGAAUCAGAAUGUUUAAUGGGAUGAUACGAGUUUUGGGGAACGUUAGAUAUGUUCCUAGACUAAGAAAGAAUUUGAUUUCCUUGGGUACUUUAGAUGAGGUCAGCUAUGGGUACGAGUCUAAAAAGGGAAGACUCAGGGUAGCCAAAGGAUCACUGGUGGUAAUGCGAGGUGACCUACAACCCAAUAAGUUGUAUAAGUUAAUUGGGACCACUAUAGUCGGGGGAGCAGCUGUUUCUAUAAAUCAAGGCGUGUCAUCUUGCAAACUGGACUUCUGUGAAUAUUGUGUUCUUGGAAAGCAAAGGAAGGUAUCAUUCACGAGUAGCAGUGCAGAUAACCGAAGCAAUGAGCAACUCAGCUAUAUUCACUCAGAUGUUUGGGGUCCUGCACCAACCAAAUCAAAUGGUGGAGCCAAGUAUUUUGUUACUUUCAUGGGUGAUUUUUCUAGGAAGGUUUGGGUUUAUUUCAUAAAGCAGAAAUCCGAGGUUUUUGCAAAGUUCAAGGAAUGGAAAACAGAAACAGAGAAUCAAACUGGAAGAAAGAUCAAGUACCUGAGAAGUGACAAUGGAGGUGAAUAUACAAGUAAUGAGUUUACCAAUUACUGCAAGCAAGAAGGCAUCACAAGGCACUUCACAGUAAAGAAAAAUCCCCAACAAAAUGGAGCUGCUGAGAGGAUGAACCGAACUCUCAUGGAGAGAGAGGAGCAUGCGAUUUCAUGCAGGAUUGCCUGA